AAAUCGAGGUUAGGGAUUGUGUAGUGUUAAAAGCUCUAUAAAUAUUUCGUAAAAAAUAGUAGUUAUAGACGUUAAAAAAUACAUUUCUGACUUAAUAUCGUGUUAAUAAAUGUUCUUCUAAAAAUUCGCUUCAAAAUUGCUACAGUUUUAAAAUGCCAACAGUUUUAAAGUUUGAUCCCAGCUGAGAUUCUUUUGACCUCUUGUUUAUUUCUUGUUACUUUCGAAAUUUCGGAAAUAUAUUGCAGCCAAUACACAAUCAAGAAAUGAAUGGAAUGGAUCACCGUACUUCACACAGUGCACCACAAGGAAAGCCCAAAAAUUACAAACUCUUGGUUGAUCCAUUUUUAGUAAAGGGAACAUCAAAACUUUACAGAUAUGAUGGAGUUGUGCCCAAUGAUAAUACCUACCCUCCUGUCAGCUUACGAGAUCCACGUUCUCAUUUAACAAGAAUAUGGACAAGACUCGAAACAUUAGAUUUACCUGUUCCUAGGUUUAAAAUCGACCAUAAUUAUGUGGGCGAACCUCCAUCAAUUGAAGUAACAAUCUUUCAUUUAAAUGAUAAUGUUGAUAAGCAGUUUUUGAAAGAUAUAGUUCAAAAAUUUGGAAUAAUUGAAGAACUAUUUAUAUAUUAUCAUCCUGUUACUAAUAAGCAUUUAGGCAUUGGCAGGGUAGUUUAUGAAGAUGUAAAAUCGGCAAAACAAUGUGUAGAGAAAUUAAAUAAUACCAGUGUUAUGGGAAAAAUACUUGAAGUUUUCUUGGAUUCGUUUGGUCAAAAAUGUAAAGAAAAACAUGAAGAGUUAACUGCAGAAAAGAAACCUCCUCCAUCAGUUUUACCUCCCCCUGUAUGUCCUUCUACAACUGAAGAUACAUCUAAAAGGGACAAUGGGGAGAAAUUAAAAAAUGAUGAAGAUAGGUUACCAUAUGAUCCAGGUGAGGAUAAUUUUGAUGAUAGAAUCGUUUAUAAAUCGAAGGAUAAGGAAUCUAAACAUCAUGGCAAAUCUUCAGAUGAUUACACAGACAACUAUUCUCGUACAUCUAAGAAAGAUAGAGACACGCGUGACAGGGAAAAAGAUAAAGAUAAAGACAGAUAUGGAUCCUCAAGAAACUUUAGGGAUUUUUCAACACCUAGCAGUUCCGAUAUGGGCUAUGGAACCACGCCAAGUGAGUUUUCAACAAACUAUGGGUCAUCAGGAACAACUCCCUUACCAUAUGACUACCAUUCAGUGGGCUCAACGCCUAUGCCGCCGACAUCAACUUAUUCUUUUCCUCCAGCAUAUCCUCAUCUACCUGCGACGCCAUGGCCUAUACCCCAACCACAGUGGCCGCCACCUGAACCAUGGGAGAGGCCAACUUCUCUACCAGUAUCUAAGUGGCCUUCUUCUGAUAUUAGUAGAGAGAAAGAAAAGGACUGGGAACGAGAUAAGUUAAGAAGUAGAGAUAGGGAGAAAGAGAAAGAUAGAGAUAGGGAAAAGAAGAACAGACAUAGGAGUAAAAAGGAGAAGGAACGCGAAAAGGAGGACAAGACAUUGAAAGAGAAGGAGGAAGAAAAACCUUUAGAUCUCGAUACUAGAAUCGCAUUGUUACUCGAAAAAGGAACAGGCGGAAUGGCUCCACCAUUUUUGACAUUGGGCGUUGAUUCUGAUGAUGAUAAUCCACAUAAGGAUUUGAUUAAGGAUAUACCACCUUUACCUAAACCAUUACCCAUACCUACAUCCAUAGACAGCGAUGAUGAUCGGUCUAGCGUCUCAUUAAGUGAUAUGCCUAUAAAUCCAAUGGCUCCUGCCAUAGAUUUACCACCUAAAGACGAAGAAGAAUUACCUCUAUCAGUACCUCCUUCCCCUUUUCUGUCACAAGAAAUCUACUUAGAAUGCCACAAGUUUGCUCUUGAGCAGGCUGUAGUGGCUAAACAAAAGGACGCCUUAGAGACAACAGCUUUACUUAGAAAAGCACAGGAAGAAUUUAGUAAAUUAGGCAGUGAUAUUUCUUCAAGCGAAGAUGAAUUAAUAACAGGAGAGAAAAAUUACAGUCCAAUCGAUAAAAGAGAUUUUAAAAAUGAAUUUAAGUUUGAUAAGGAUGAUGAUCGAAUGAGUAUGUCAAGUUUAAGUAGUACAGAAGGUACAAAAAUUGAAGAGGUUAAACCUCAGCCACCUCCACAGCCGCCUAUUCAGCCACCUUUACCAUCUAGUAGUCUUGCGUAUCCGCCGAUUCCAGGGAUACCGUCAGGGGUGUAUCCCGGUUAUUCUUCAUAUUCAGGCUAUCCAAGCCAAGCAACAUCUUACGCGUAUUCUGCGCCCCCACCCGGACCUCAUCUAGCGUAUACCCCAGACUGGCGAUCGUUUUCUUAUGGAUCAACACAGCAUCCGUCCACUUAUCCUUACACCAAUCCGUAUUAUCCACCUUUUCAUCCUGCCGUGGCAUCUGCUGCUCCAUAUGGAUUUCCCUACCAACCAGUUCCGGGAGCAACUCCCAUUAGCAAUACCACUACUACCUUGGGCAGGAAAGAUCCUCAUGCGCCUACUAUCAACGGUGUUGUGGAACAGAUUACUCAGGAGCUGAAAAAUAUUUUAAAAAGAGAUUUUAACAAGAAAAUGGUUGAAAUGACUGCAUUUAAAAAGUUCGAAACGUGGUGGGAAGAUGAAAAUUCAAAGUUAACACAAACAAAAGAGGAGGUUGUAGAAAAACCUACUCUAACAAAAGACAAUGUGAAUGUUCUUUUGGAACAAAAUACUGACUUGUAUGGUGGAUAUGAUAAUAUAGGUCUUGGUUUACGAGCUUCUUUGCCAAAAAUGCCUAGCUUCAGAAAGAAGAAAAUACCAUCGCCGGUGCCAGUGGAAGAUGAAGAAUCUAAAGAUUUGUCAGAUCAAGAGGAAAUUGUUCGAGACGAUGACGAAGAUUCAGACUUUCGAAAAGGAGAGAACUCUAGUAGAUCUAGAAAAAUGUCGUCGAGUAGUUCUAGUUCCAGUUCCGGUUUUAGCUCUGAUGAUGAGAGUAGUUCAAGUGACGAAAGUUCCUCUGAUGACUCAGAACCGGAAGUUAAACAAAUCAACAGGAGUGACGAUACACAUAAAGAAGAAAAUGUUAUACCUACAUUUGAACCACUGGACGAUGGAAUCGUUGAGCGAAAUAAAACGCCAGUACCUAUGCAGAUUGAUACAGAUACACAAGAUGAUUUCCCAACAUCCGAGAAGCUUUCGCCAAUAUUACCUCUUAGUACAAAACCAAAAAGUAACUAUUAUAGUAUAUUUAAUAGUGACAGUGAUGAAAGUGAUACCGAACGAAUAUUGAUGGAACGAAGGCGAAAGAAUGACGAAUGGAUGGAGCAAAUUGAGAAGGAACGCCAAGAAAGAAAAGCGGCACAAAUGACUGAGAAAAUAGACAAAAUAGACAUAGUUGAAGACACCACAAACCAAGACGUAGUGAAAGAGAGAGAACCGUUCCCUAGUAAGUUCGGUAAAGAAGAAAUCGACGAUUCAGAAAAAUACAGUAACGAAAAGAUCUCAGAAGAACCAUUUACAAGAUUGGAUGAUGAUUCAGAAAGGAUUGAUGCUGAAGAUGAAGAAACCAAAAGUGCUAUUGAAGAGAGAUCUCUUGAAGAGUUGGAAGCAGAACGUGAUGCACUGUUACAGCAGGUUCGUAACCCCGAACCUCCUCUUGAACUAACAGAUUUGGAUGAUGAUAGUAAUAAGAUUAACGAAAAAAUAUCCAAGAAGGCAAAUGAGAAGUUACAAAUUAAAGAUGUUAAUGGUACCACCGACUUUAAAAGAAGACUAUCAGAAACUUCUGGAGAAAGUAGUCCGUCCAGUCAGGUGGCGAUUGAACAUUCUUAUUGUCUAUCAAGGCCUGAAGAAAAAGAAAAUAUAUCUGAAGAAUCUGCUCGUAAACUUGAAUUUUCAAGUGCAGACACGUUAGCUCACGAUCACGGUUAUACGAAUAAAGAAGCCCCCUUGCCAUUAGUACCGGCCGCGCCUAAACUUAAAAAAGAAAAACUUCCUAAACAACCGAGACCGAAGAAGCAAAAGCGAUUACAGGAAGUCCAAAAUACUUAUUAUGACAAUGAUCAGUACGACAGGAGGUACGCGGAUUAUUACGGAGUUCAUGAAAAUGUCGUUCAUAAAAUUAGGGAUGAAAUGUCUGAAUUUGGAGUAUUAUUUGAGUUCCUGACAAAAGGUAUUGAUAAAGAAGACAUUGAGUAUAUUAAAAGGUCGUACGAGGAACUUUUGGCUGAUGAUAAUAUGGGUUAUUGGUUAAAUGACACCCAUUGGGUGGAUCAUUGUUUAACCGAUUUAUAUUCAAGUCCGCCUAAAAAGAGGAAACGGGAAGAACGUACGCAUCUGACGGGCUGCGCAAGAACAGAAGGGUAUUAUAAAAUGACAGCUCACGAAAAAUCUAGGUACAAAUAUCACCAUGCCAAAGCACACGCAGUUACCAUGACAGCUGCUGCUCCUGCAAAACAAGGUUUAUCAAGAGAAGCUAGGUCAAAUCAGAGAAGGCUACUAACAGCAUUUGGAUCGGCCACCGAUUCUGAUUUGUUGAAAUUUAAUCAACUGAAGUUCCGUAAGAAACAACUCAAAUUUGCUAAGUCUGCCAUUCACGAUUGGGGUCUCUUUGCCAUGGAACCCAUCGCUGCAGAUGAAAUGGUGAUCGAGUAUGUAGGACAAAUGGUUCGUCAUAGUGUCGCGGAUUUAAGAGAACAGAAGUACGAAGCAACUGGUAUCGGAAGUUCGUACCUUUUCCGUAUUGACUUGGAAAACAUUAUUGAUGCUACGAAGUGUGGCAAUUUAGCCAGAUUUAUCAAUCAUAGUUGUAAUCCGAAUUGUUAUGCUAAAGUCAUCACCAUAGAGUCUCAAAAGAAGAUUGUUAUUUAUUCUAAACAGCCAAUUGGAGUAAAUGAAGAAAUAACAUACGAUUAUAAGUUCCCAAUAGAAGAAGAUAAAAUUACGUGUCUCUGCGGGGCCACAACCUGUAGGGGUACAUUAAAUUAAAUAGUAAUUCUUACAGUACAGUGAGUAUAUAUUUAUGAGUAUGAUGUAUAUAAACUGAUAUCUACCAAGAUGGAAUGUAAAAACUAUUUUGCAAGACUUUUUAUUUCAAAGAUAAGACUUUAUACAAUUUAAUUUCCUAGGAUAGUAUUUCUUGUGUUUUUGUAAAGUCUGUAAGGUCAGUGUAAGUAUUCGUGUCUGUGUUUAAAUUAUAAUUUUUUAAAUGUACAUAAAUAUUUGUAAAUAUAGAUUAAUAAUUUGUUUAUA